UUUUUUUCCUUUUCAUAUUUUUGAGAGUGCAUAUAGCCUUACGAAGAAUAUACUUUGUACCAUUCUAUCCACGCAAUCCUCUAUCUCUGCUGAAAAGGCUUCUUUCUAUUCUCUGGAGAGGUUUAUGUUGGCAUAAAAGUCAAAAGCGCGAUACGAGUAGGAACGCUUUGGUUUCGAUAGUGUACUAAGGAGGAGAAAAAAAUUUAUAGAAAAAAAAAGAACUAAAUUUAUUUUAUAUCGGGUUAUAAGCAGAUACAUCUUAUUAGUUAAAUACAAUGUCGGAUUCUGAAAAUGUUGAAGUAAAAAAGCGAGGACGCUCAUCAACAGCUGAAAAGCGAACCCAUGUUUCAUCGAACUCAAAAAAAGACGAUAAACCUGCUGCCAACACUGAUGGUGAAACACCAGCGAAACGUGGGCGUGGUCGUCCUAAAGGUACGACUAAGAAAAAUGGCAACAAAACCCCAGCAAAGAAGUCAAAUAAUAGCAAAGGACGUGGACGACCUUCAAAAAAGAAGGACGAUUCUAGUGAAGACGAAGAGACCGAAGGCAAUGAUGAUGAAGAGGAAAACGAUGAAGAGGAAAAUGAAUCCAACUCUGAUGAAUAAAUUUCUUAUAUCCAAUUAAGAUAAUGCAAUUUGAAAUAUAUUUAAAAUACAAAAAAAAAUAA